GCAGCGCCUGUUUUGGCCGUUGGCGCCGGCAUUGGUGUAGCUGGGGCCGCCAUGCAGCAGCGAGGCCAGGCGCGGCAGCAGCAGCCUCCGAUGCCUGCUUACAACCAGAACUACAGCCAGGCGCAACCGCAGGCCACAACGCCCUUUACCGCUGCCGCCGCAGUCAGCAAUGCGGCACCGCCACUUCAG